CUCGAUACUGCAAGCUUUCAAGUGUGUAGCUGUGACACGUACGAUCGACCCACCAUCGUGUAAUUAACGAGUUGCUGUACAGUACAAUAUUGUAUUGACUGUGCAUAUGUGUAGAUGUGCUUCGAACUGUCCAUGCAGUGUGUUCCUCCAACCCGCUUGUGCGUCCCGUCACCACACAUCCAUAUCUUCAGGGAUUCAGGCCCUGUCGGCGACGGGAACAACCUCGGAGAACUAACAAGCCCGUGCUGACCUUUUUCUCGAGUCGCAAACGACAGGCCAAUGUCAGAGCCAAUUUUGGCCCCGGACGUUGGGGAAAGGGGAAGCUUAGUUAGGAGCGAUCGACGAUCCCCCGCUUUUACGCAAGGCCUCGAGACGGGGCUUGCCGCAGGCCCGCAGCCUGCCGAAGCACUUCCAGGUUCACCGUCAAACAAAAAAGUCUUCCGAGAUCAGCCAACGAAAUGUUUACCAAGCUUAGCAAGCCCAGGCCCAUCUGGCAUCUUAGCGCACGUCCCGGAACGCCACUAUCACGUCCCAUAUACAUGGCCCCUGCUCUCGCUCAUUUCCGUGACCGCGGUAAUGAUGCAGACAGGCACGUUUCUCUUCGCUCUCUUGUUUGCUCCACGACAAGUUAUUACUCAUGGCUCGCGUGAUUGGAUCCAGGAUGGUUAAAUUGCUGUCUGUAUCCGAUGCAUUUGCAGUGGCGUGUGCUUUGGCUCGAUUCUGC